AUGCCGCGGGCAGGUUUGCGGCCCGAGCGGGGCCGGGGCCGCGCUGCGGUGACUCAGGGACACCCGCCCGCCUCGAGCUGCGUCAGUGCCGAAACUGCCGGGCUGCUGCCCGUGAGUGACGGGCCGCCCGUGACUCCCGUGUCCCCGCUGAUCCCAAUUAUCCCAAUUAUCCCGCACCUAAACUUUCCCGUCUCUGUUGGUCCCUGGGGUAAGGGGGCUGUGAGGAAAUGUGCAAAAAACCCUAAAAAAACCCCACCCGCAAACGGAGAAACGAGCUCUCCCAAACAGCCCCGAACAAUCGCUGUGCAGCGGUGGCGGGGAGGGGGCAGCACUGAGGGCAGCCGGGGCGAGCACAAGGGGUCCCGGGCACUGGCUGCCGGAUCCCCGCGUUCAGCCCGCUCCGCCCCGCCGGCCCCCAGCCGGCCCGUGGAGCCCUUCAGCCGCGCCUCCAGCUUCAUCCUGUGUUUUCAGCCCGCUGGGCACCACCUGGGCCCCGCGUUCAGCCGGCUGGGCCGCCCCAGGCCGCCUCAGCCCGCGCCGUCCCAGCCGCCAUCUCGCCCUGCGCUGCUGCCGCCACCGCCAGCGGGCGCUGCGGCGCCGCGGCGGAGCACAUAA